AGAAGACAAGUUAUAUUUUGGAAAAGAUGACAAAAAACAAACAAUGCCUUGUUUCGAAUCUUCUGGUGAUGAGCAUGUGCUAAAAUCACCCUCUCUUUCAAAAUCAAUUAUUGCAAAAGAUUUAGAAGCUAAGGACUUUGAUAAAUCAUUAGUUGGAGCAGAAGACAAGUUAUAUUUUGGAAAAAAUGACAAAAAACAAAUAUUGCCUUGUUUCGAAUCUUCUGUUGAUGAGCAUGUGCUAAAAUCGACCUCUCUUUCGAAAUCAAUUAUUGCAAAAGAUUUAGAAGCUAAGGACUUUGAUAAAUCAUUAGUUAAAGCAGAAGACAAGUUAUAUAUUGGAAAAGAUGACAAAAAUCAAAUAAUGCCUUGUUUCGAAUCUUCUGUUAAUGAGCAUCUAUUAAAAUCGUCCUCUGUUUCGAAAUCAACUAUUGCAAAAAAUUUAGAAGCAAUGGACUUUGAUAAAUCAUUAGUUGAGGCAGGAGACAAGUUAUAUAUUGGAAAAGAUGAAAAAAAUCAAAUAAUGCCUUGUUUCGAAUCUUCUGUUAAUAAGCAUCUAUUAAAAUCGUCCUCUGUUUCGAAAUCAACUAUUGCAAGAGAUUUAGAAGCUAAGGACUUUGAUGAUCCAUCAGUUGAAGCAGAAGACAAGUUAUCUAUUGAAAAAUAUGACACAAAACAAAUAAUGCCUUGUUUCGAAUAUUCUGUUGAUGACGAUGUGAAUAGUUGGAGGUCAAACCAUGGGCAGGAUCCAGAAAAGUCUGAAGAGUCGUUGGCUAAAAAAAAGUUUUCCUUUGAGGACUCUGAAAAUGCAACUGCAGGAAUUGAAAAUAACUUCGAAGAUUUGAAGAAAAGAAUCUCUCGUCCAACCAAUAUUAAAUUAAAAUCGGAAGAUACUACUGAGUGCAUAAAGUAUAUCUUCGAAAAAUUGGGUUAUCCAUUUGAAAAUACAUUCAGACUAGAAGAUUCUUCUUCUGGUAAUCAAAAGUUAUCAAAAAAAACUGAACCGAUUGAUAACAAAUCUAUUUCUUCACAUUUAUGUCUUGAUACAAAAUCAAACAUUCUGAAAAUUAAAAACCUAAAAUCUUCCUUUUUUGGUUCUGAAGAUACAAAUAUGGAAAAUCAUCCAAUCCUUCAUUCAAGUUUACUGAAUGAUCAAAAUGAAAGUGCUUUCAGUCAGUUCACAGAAAAUACAGAAUUGGAGCUAAGUGAUGAACGAAGUGAAUUUUUGAUGAAACUCAGUAAUGAAAAAUACUCUCAUUCAAAUGGUCAAAUCAAACAAAAAUUAGAAGUUCGAUCAGUUAAGUCAAGUGACACAGAUGAAGUUCAAAGCCCUAUAUCCAUAAAUGAUAAUACAACAAAAGUAUACAAGAUUCGCGAGAAUUUUUCAGUUGAAAAAAAAUCAUUUGAAGAUACAUCUAAUACACAAACCUCUUUACAGAAUGGAAACAAUAUUGUUCUUGAAAACACUAAUUUGAAAAUGGAUAUAUCAGAAAAUAUAGAACCUGGAUACGAUAUCCGUGUAAAUAGUCAUUCUAUUAGUAAUUUUCCGAAUAAGUUGUAUGAAUGGAACUCUAGUAAAUUUGACAGAAUUAUUUCUUCAACUUCUUCCGGAAAUGAAAUCUCCGUUAGGACUGUUCCAACAGAUAUAUCGGAUGACAAUGUUUCAUAUGAUGAGCCUAACGUAAUGAAUUCCUAUAAAAUCAAUUCUGAAAAUAAAAUGAUAUUUGAUGAUAAGAGUAUAAAAAAAAAUGAAAGCAAGGAAAAUCGAUUGGAAUUUCGAACUGAAGAAAAAACAAAAACAAAUGCAAGUUCAUGGAAUGAGUCGGGUUCAAAACGACAAAAUCUUAUGAAAAAAUCAGAAACUGAGACAACAUUUUCGUGCGUUUCACCAAUAUCAAAAACACAGGCAAAAUUUGAUAUUAACAUAAAUAAUGGAAAAACAACCAUAAUGCCAAAGCCGAAUUCAAUAAUAAAAGUUUCCAACAAAGUGCAAUCAACUUUGUCACGAGAUCAGAAAAUUGGCAAAACAAAUUCUUUACAAAAAGAUGAUAUAAAUAUUUUGACACCAGAUUACAUACAUGGAUUCGGGGGAAGUUCAAGUAAAUUCAAUAUAAGCACUUGUAUGGAUAACGAAAUGAAUGCCAUGAACACUGGUCAAUCAAAAGCUACUGAAAAAUCAAAAUCGAAUCCAAUUUUCAAAAGUAAUUUCGAUUCUAGAAAAAAUAAAGAUAAAUCUUCUUCAACUCAAAAAGUUUCAUCCAAAUGUAUUAUAAGUUCAGAUGAAGAAAUGUACAGCACUUCAAACACAAAUAAAGUAAAUCAUGAUAAACGAGGACAAUAUACUCAAAUAAAAAAAAAUGCGACUGAGAAUUUGAAAAAAUCUAAAUAUAAACCUAAUACAUCAAAACUUAAUAAAAGAAUUGAAAAAUCAAUAAAGGCCCCUUUAAAAACUGCAAAAGUGCAAAUGAAAAGAGUUGAACAAAGCAAAAUGACAUUAGACAUGGACAAAAUUGAUACGAAAGACAUGAAACAUGAACAAAUACAACCCACACAAAAGACAGAAUCAAAAGAAGAAGCCAAGAUACAAAAAAAGCACACAUUUGACAUCAUUUAUGCAAAUACCGAUGCGGAUGAAAUAUUUCGUUGUAAAUCAGCGUUACAAUAUAGCAACUUAGAUUAUACAAUAGCUGUUGAAUUAACACAGGAUCAAUCUAGUUCGGUUCCUUCCAGUCCAAAUCGUUUGAUCAAAUCCAAAAAAUCCGAACGCAAUAAACAAUUCACCAGUGAAGUUUUUAUGCGAACGGUGAAUUCUUCUUCGAUAGAAAUGAUCUACAAUCGCCGAUCAAGCAAUGGCGACAAUAAUCGGCGCUACCGUGAACUUGAGGCUGGAUUCAUUGAUACAACCGAUUCCAGUUUAUCGGAUUCAGUAGCAUUGCCUUCUUCUUCUACUUCGGAAAAUCAAAAUCCAGAGAGUCAAUUCGUCUCAAUACAAGGAGUAAAAUCUGUUCGUCAUCACACUCGUCAAUAUACACAAAACCAACAAAAGGGAUUAGUCGGUCAUUUUGGUAGUUACAAAAUUUCGGAUAUAUCACCAACGGCAUCACCCUCUGUGUCAGUCAAUGACAGUAUGAUUAUAGUCGAAAACCAUUCAUCACCAAAUCUUGACCUCAGCGCAAUAUCAAAACUUCAUCAAAAACUAAAAAAUGAUCACCAGAUUGUUUCAUUUACAGGUGUAGAAUCCCCACAAAAACUUGAAGAUGACUUGAAUGAUGCGAGUAGCACAAAUGAUUCAAGAAGUCUAAGAAGUCUAAUUACUCCAAAACCAACACCUCGUUCGUUCAACCCUAAUAACUAUGAUGCUAUUGCUUCAGAAACAGUUGAUGAUGUGCAUACUUCAGAAAUUGACAAAGAUGAUAAUAGGGCCUGUACCGCAAUUGAUCGAAGUUCAGGUGAUUUUUCUGAAACAAAAAAAUUUUGGCAAUCACUUGAGUCCGGUUCAAUAGAUGAUCCAAACAUUUCACCAAUACCAAAGCCACGUUCACAAUCACAUGUUCAAGUCAGAGGUGUUCGAUACAUUAAUGAUGAUUUUGAUACAGUUAACUUAUUGACCAGCAUUACCCCAAAUGAACAAAAUAUUAGUCAAACAUCAUUGAGCAAUAAGGACAUUGAUCGACACAAUGUUCCAAUUACUGAUCAUUUGAAUAAUGUAAGCCCAAAACUUUCGGAUCACAACGAUAUUAUAUUACAUUCAGCAGAAAAAUAUUCUGCAUCUAUAUAUAAUGUUAAAGAACGCGAAAAUAUAUUAGAUGACGACGAUGAUGAAGAUGUAUUAAAUGAAAAAAAAACAGCUGCUUUUUAUAUUGGUGAGUCAAGCGGAGAUCUUAUUACAAAAUCAGCGAUUGAAAAACAACCAAUUAUUGCAUAUGAUAUCGAUGGUAAAGAGUUGAAAGAUGUUGUAAAACUUGACCAGAAAACUGAAAUCGAAUGCAGUGAUUAUAAGUAUGAAGUUCGAUUUAAUUUACAACCUGAAGAAAUUGGUGUUGCCUCUUAUGGAAAAUUGGAUAAUAUACAACAGAUUAGAAUGCAUAAAUCUUUGGAAGAAAAGUGUGAAACAGAAAUACCCGAAAAUGUUAUUCUUGAAUCGCCGAAUUCAAAUGACCAAGCCGAGUGUUCUAAAAGUUGUGAUACAAGCCUUGAACAAGCUACAAUUAAUUUUCAAUCGAAAAUUGAAUUAAAAGAGACAGCUGAACAAUUUGAAUACACAGCACCAACGUGCACAAUUUCUAAAUCUCAAGAAAUCGAGAAAAACAUCGAUGAAGAGAGAAUUGAAACAUUUGAACCUGUGAAAAUGGCUGAAACAAUAUUAUUACAAUCUGAUCAUAGCACUCGAAAAAUAUUGGAUUCCACCGAAAAAGUUCAGUUUCACGAUAAAGCAGUCAAAGUAUGUCACGCUCCAAUUGAUACUUUGUCCAAUGUUUCACAGAACAUAGAUGAGAUAAAAAUUGCGAGCAAUGAAAGAAGAAAAAACGAAAAGUCACAAUUCGAAUUUGAUAGUAAUAUGGAACAUUAUGACAUUAUUGAGCCAAAAACCACACUCGUUGUUAAUAUUCCUGUUGAAAAUUUGAAUCAAGAACAAUACAUAGAAGUAGAAGCUAUUGAGAGUGAAAGCACACAAAAACCAAAAUUCCAAGCAAAUUUUGUUCAUGAAUUUUCUGAUAAAAUUACAUCUGAAAUAAUAAAACCAGAAGAUAAUAUAAUUGAUUACACAUUAGAUCCUGAUGAAGACAAAAUAUAUCCAGUCGCACAUAUGAAUAUGCUUUUGAGACAGGAAUGCAGUAAUAAAAUGGAAACUCGAGUCGGAGAAGUCAGUCAAAAACAGUCAACAGAUGAGUCUAGUUUGACUACCAGUAAAUCGGAGGUCAUUCACCGUACUGGUUCAUCAAAGGGGGCCUCAAAAACACGAUGGUCAUUAAAUGAACAAGAUCAUUCAAGUCCGAGCAGUCAUAGCGUCGAUAAUAGUCGUCCGUGUUCAUCGGACAUUGAAAAUUUGUAUGUUUCAUACCCAAAUUCCUCAGGAGAAUAUCAAACGGCUUUGGAUGCAUCAUCACUUAUUCCUGGUUCAACUGAAUAUCAUACAGCUGUCAGUUCUUUUGAUCACAGUGGGAAAACUAUAAGUUCAGAAGAAAGCAUGAAAAGUUUUGAUUCGGAAAUCUCUAGUAACUUGGGAAGUAUAGAAGUAUCGGAUGCAUCAGAGACGUUGGUACCAUCAACUGCUGACAUUGACCUUGAAUUUGAUGAAAAUGAACUUCGAUUGUCGAGCUUACAUACUGUCAGUGAUAUUAUCUUGGAUGCAGAAAAUCCACUUGAACUUGAUUCUGAUGAAUCUGCAGGUCAGAUGAGACGUUCACAUGAAAUGAUAUUUGCACAUGUUGAAUCAUCGAACACAACCGAUAUGCCCAAUCGUAAAGUUAGUGAAGAAGAAUUCAAUGUGCAACAAUUUUCAACAACCCUUGGCGAUGCCAGUAAUUUGUCGAUAAGUUUUUCAACAGCAUCGAACGCCGAUACAAUUAUUGAAAAUAUUCAAGAAGAUAUGGCAACUUCGUAUGAUGCUGUAUCACUUGUUGGAAGUUAUGAAAGAAGAGCAAGUUUGAUGAAUGACAUUUUCUCUUCUCAAGAAAAAGUACCUCAUGCUGAAACAGAUAAUGAUAGAAUAACUGAAAUUGAUAAUAUGACACCACGUCGAAGCAAAGGUCACAAGCGUAAUGACAGUACGUGCAUUGAUCUUGCAAAGCUAUCACAAGAGAGUACAGACAGUUUGCUUGAUGAAGAAAUGAUUAUUCACGAUGUUCGGGAGGAAGAUGAACAGAAAGAAAGUGGAUCAGACUCCGAUUACGAUCGCUAUGAAACUGAAUAUUCCAGAUCAUUUAAGACACCAGAAAGUAAAAAUUUUCAACGAAAAAAGAAAGCAAUGUCACCAAAAAGUGCACAAAAACCAGAACAAGAGCAAACGGAACGUAAGAAAUCAAUUCCGAACAUUGAAACAAUUGUUGAAGUAUCUGAAGAUGAUAUUCAAAAACUACGUAAUCAUGGAAUAUCACAGAAUAUGAAUAUAUAUAACUAUUCAAUAAUACCAAACAUAAAAAUAACAGAUAUAACAGAUGAUCCAACAAAAUGUUUUGAAAAAAUGGAACCUAUAACAGUUCCAGAAAAAAAAAAACCGAUAAAUCAGGAUCAGAAUUAGAUACUGUGAGCAAGGACACGAGAAUUUCUGAAGCAGAAUAUGAAAAACUUAUUGAGCGCCAAUACAAAAAUCAAGAAGAUCUAUAUGAAUCAAAAGUUGAUUCAGAUUUAUGUGACUCAUUUGAA